CCAAAACGUUGCCUUCGUUUAGGUUAUUGUAUCAACCAUCUCACUUCGCUUCAAAAAUAUACUCUCUUAAUUUUCUCUCUAAAUCUCACCAAAUCAAAUGGCUUUAGCAAGGUGGGCAAUUCAAAUCUCAGUGGUGGUUCUUGGGCUGUUAGCUAUGGCGCAACAGUCCAUGCCACUGAGUUUGAGAAACCCCAUGCAUGAAAUUAAACAAAAACCCACUGGCAUGCAAACAUCUCCUGUGGGCGUUGUUUCUCUUACGAGUGCGGCUGAGUGUUUACUCAAUAAAUCUGGAGUCUUCACUGUUACCUCCACUCAGAAUAUUGCUGGAAAAAUCUUUCGCAUUUGGAAAAUUAACGGAACAGACGUUGUAUAUGCAGGGGCCGGGGAACUAAUGGUCAACGUGGGCACGACUGUGCAAAUCCUUGUGGAUAAAUUUAAUGUUAGAGGAAUUGUCCAUUUCGGCGGUGCAGCAUCGGUAAAUGAAUCUGUGCAUCGGUAA